CAAGAAUACGGGAGCAAACGGGGAUUGCGUUGACGCUAGGAGCGAGGGUGUAAGAGGUGCUGAACAGGCGGGCGCCGCCUCGGAAGCUAUGCAGGUGGACGCUAAACCCAAAAACCAUGAGUUCAGGUACAGGUUGGACUACCCUUCUAUCGGAUAUUGCAUCAUUAUCAACAACAAGAACUUCGAUCGCAGAACAGGAAUGAACGCCCGCAAUGGUACCGAUGUGGAUGCGGCUAAUAUGAUGAAUGUCUUUGGGAAGCUGGGCUACAAAGUGAAAGUUUUCAACGACCAGACUGUGAAUCAGAUUAAAAAUGUGUUAGGCUCAGCUGCGAAGGAGAACCACAGCCAGUGUGCCUCAUUUGUGUGUGUGCUGCUGAGUCAUGGAGACGAGGGAAUUUUCUUUGGGACAGACGGCUCAGUGGAACUGAAAACCCUCACCAGCAUGUUCAGAGGCGACCGCUGCCCCUCACUGGCGGGCAAACCCAAACUCUUUUUCAUUCAGGCAUGUAGAGGUACAGAUUUUGACAGUGGUGUUGAAGUGGACAGUGUUGAAGAUGACUCUCCAGAGAAAAUCCCUGUAGAGGCAGACUUCCUCUAUGCCUAUUCUACAGCUCCAGGCUACUAUUCCUGGAGGAACACUGUGACUGGCUCCUGGUUUAUCCAAUCACUGUGCGAUAUGAUGUCCAAAUAUGGCACAACCCUGGAGCUUAUGCACAUUUUGACCAGGGUCAACCACAUGGUGGCGUUAAACUUUGAGUCAGCCUCCCAUGAUCCCAUUUUCCACGCCAAAAAGCAGAUACCAUGCAUCGUCAGCAUGCUGACCAAAGAGAUGUACUUUAGACCCUGA